UGAGUCUCGGCGCUGCCAUCCAGGGGAAAGCUUUCAUUGACACAUAGGAAGUGUAGUCGCUGCUACUGCCGCCUCCUCACCAGCUCUUCGGAUUCUGCGACCAGGCAGGCGGCUGGACUUCAAUGUAGUGCCCUGGACGGCGCGCCUCAUGGGCUGAUCGCCCAUAACGUGCCUUUUUUUCCCCGUGCCCCCGUAGGAUGGAGCUAGUGCUUCUUCGCGGGAGGGCGGCCCCCGCCCUGCUGUCCACUCUCCUGGCCAGCUUUCUGUUAGUCCCGGUCUCAGCGUCCCAGGGCGACAAGGAGCCUUUCUAUCGGGACUGUUUUAAACACUGCAUGCGGACCAACUGUUCCGGGACACGUUUGGUGGGCUUUCAGAGCGCGCAGCCUCUGUACAUGUCAUUGACAGGCUGGAGCUGCAGUGAUGAAUGCCGGUAUCUGUGCAUGUGGGUUACAGUGGGUCUGUAUGUUGCGGAGGGUUAUCCAGUGCCUCAGUUCCACGGGAAGUGGCCCUUCACCAGGUUCCUGUGCUUUGAAGAGCCCGCCUCAGCUGUAGCCUCCCUCCUGAACGGGCUGGCCUGCCUGCUGAUGCUGAUUCGAUAUCGGAGCAUCGUGCCAAAGCAGUCACCAAUGUACCAGACCUGCUGCGCAUUCUCCAUGGUGUCUCUGAAUGCCUGGUUUUGGUCCACCGUGUUUCACACUCGAGAUACGUUCGUGACAGAGAAGAUGGAUUACUUCUGCGCGUCAGCUGUCAUUUUGUAUUCCAUCUACCUGUGCUGUGUGAGGACACUUGGACUUCAACGGCCCAUUCUUUCCAGCUUCUUUGGACUUCUUCUCAUCCUGCUUUUCGCAUCUCAUGUUUCCUACUUGACAUUUGUUAGCUUCGACUAUGGCUAUAACAUGUUUGCUAACAGCGCUAUAGGUGUUAUCAACCUCCUCUGGUGGCUAGGCUGGUGUACACGGAAUCGGCGUACACUGCCGUAUACUUGGAAGUGCACCAUUGUUGUACUGCUGCUCCAUGGAUUGGCCCUGUUGGAGCUUCUCGAUUUUCCACCUCUCCUGUGGGUCCUCGACGCUCAUGCUGUCUGGCACAUCAGUACCAUUCCUAUUCACUUCCUCUUCUACAGUUUCCUGAUCGACGAUAGCCUGUACCUCCUCAACACGCAGAAGCGGGGCCUGAAGUUGGACUAGGUACUCCAGUGAGCAACAUGAAGACUUACCUUGAUGACCCAUUGGAGCUUCUGACUGACGUGCCACGUAGGACUGAUUUUCUGACCUUAUUAAAUCAUUUUUCCUUGUGCUACAUUCACUCAGUCUUGCCUUGACUGUCAGGUAGCACACUCCUUGUCGGGUGACUACAAACUCCCUGGUGCUGACAGAACCCGAUGGAGAGUGCUGACAGGUCAAUGGUAAAGUGCCCUGUGUUGGAUCGAUGUGCCUUAGAGCAGCUGCCAGCACCCGGGAGAGGGGUCCCUUCUUGUUGUGAUCAUUUCCUCAUUUUCCUUAUUUUGCUGCUUUUCUCCAAUAAUUUUUUUUUAUUAUAAUUUAAUUUGAUUUCCUCAUUUCAAGUGCAUCAGUCACCUCAGCUGCCUUCACCCAGUUCUUUGCUAUGUUGCCAAUUCAAAUCAAUAAUGUGGAUUUUUAAGGCUCUUUGUGACCCCAACAACUUCCCAAGCCAACUUUCAGGCCAAUUCUAUCUAAACCCUGUUCCUGCUAGGUGGCAUCUUCCUGUUGUUAUUCCCAGCAGUUUCUCUGUGUUUCCCUUUGCAGUCUCCUCUUAUGGACAUUUCUUGUUUGGGACUGUGAGGGUACCUUUGUUUUUCAGCCUUUCUUGGACUGAUGUGGAAAAUGGCUAGGAGUCCUUUGAGUGUUUCUGGGUCAUGUGUCUCUUUGCCUUUCCCUCGGUGCACCUUUGUGGUGUAGAAUUCAGUUCUGCAUUACUUCUAAGCACUUGCACCCUUUUCACAAGGAUGUGUUGUUUUUUGUGUUAUUCAUUCAAGAAGGUAAAAGAGUUGUCCUGUAGUCUGCAAAUUCUGGAGACAUGCAGCCCCAUUCUAAACAUUUUGCCUUCUAGCGUAGAAAUGACAAACAAGUCUCUUGUGUAAAACAUGGACUGAGAAAGUGUGAGGUGGACGGCCUUCACUCCACAGGACGCCAGUUGAACCUAGAGUCCCAUUUGUCUUUGUAGAGUGAUGGCCAGAGGUGUGGAGAGGGGUUAAUCUCAGCCAUGGUGAGGGUGUGUUCUGAAAUGAUUCCACAAUAAAUGAAUUGUAUCUCCUAA